CCUGGAACUGGGAGUGAUGUCAGCUCCCAGCUCGGUGCCUUCCCGGAUUCCUGACAUGGUGCAGGGGAGAGAGAGUGGGGAAAGGCUGGAGCGCGGCGGCGGAGGAAUUGUGUAGGGCGUGCCUGCGCUGGGGACGAAGUGCUGGAGCUUUGAACUCCGAAGGAAGGUGAAGCAGAACUCAGAACUUUUUGGAACUAGUGCCAGCGGCUCUCCACCCUCCAGGCCCACUUAAAGCAGCUCUCCAGGAAACCUUUGUUGAGAAUUUCGGUCAGCUCCCAGUCCAGGAACCGAAGCCCAGCAAUCAGGAUAAAGGAACUUGGAUGGAUCAAUUUGCUAAGUACAUGCAAGAUUUAAAGAACUGAAGACAAUCAACAUUAAACCUGUUUUUUUUUUAAGUAUCUAAGUUGGGAUUUCCAAUUGAAAAAAUAAGAAAAUGAUGAGUGAUGCAAGUGACAUGUUGGCUGCAGCGUUGGAACAGAUGGAUGGUAUUAUAGCAGGUUCUAAGGCCCUGGAGUAUUCUAAUGGGAUUUUUGAUUGCCAGUCUCCCACUUCCCCAUUCAUGGGAAGCUUUCGAGCUCUGCACCUUGUGGAAGAUCUGCGUGGAUUGUUAGAGAUGAUGGAAACAGAGGAGAAAGAAGGCUUGAGAUGCCAGAUCCCAGAUUCAACAGCAGAAACACUGAUUGAAUGGCUGCAGAGUCAAAUGACAAAUGGACACCUGCCUGGAAAUGGAGAUGUGUAUCAAGAAAGGCUUGCACGUUUAGAAAAUGAUAAAGAAUCCCUUGUUCUUCAGGUAAGUGUGUUAACAGACCAGGUAGAGGCUCAGGGAGAAAAGAUUCGAGAUUUGGAGUUUUGUCUUGAAGAACACAGAGAGAAAUUGAAUGCUACAGAAGAAAUGCUGCAGCAGGAGCUUCUAAGUAGGACAUCCUUAGAAACUCAAAAAUUGGACCUGAUGGCCGAAAUAUCUAACUUGAAGUUGAAACUGACUGCUGUAGAGAAGGAUAGGGUGGAUUAUGAAGAUAGGUUCAGAGACACAGAGGGGCUAAUGCAAGAGAUCAAUGAUUUGAGGUUGAGAGUCAGUGAAAUGGACAGUGAAAGACUUCAAUAUGAGAAAAAGCUAAAAUCAACCAAAGAUGAACUGACAUCUUUAAAAGAAAAACUGGAGGAGAAGGAAUCUGAAGUAAAAAGGCUACAAGAUAAAUUGGUUUGCAAGAUGAAAGGAGAAGGCAUCGAGAUUCUUGAUAGAGAUGAAAAUUUUAAAAAGAAGCUCAAAGAAAAAAAUAUUGAAGUACAAAAAAUGAAAAAAGCUGUGGAGUCUUUGAUGGCAGCAAAUGAAGAGAAGGAUCGGAAAAUAGAAGAUCUUCGGCAGUGCCUGAACAGAUACAAGAAAAUGCAAGACACGGUCAUACUGGCUCAAGAUAAAAAAGGUAAAGAUGGUGAAUAUGAAGAUCUGCCCAAUGCUAGUUCCAUCUCUACUAUUUUGGAUGUCCAGGGCUUUAGUGAUCUAGAGAAAAGUCCAUCAUCUACUCCAGUAAUGGGAUCUCCCAGUCAUGACACAUUUAACACAAGUGUUCCAGAAGAGUUCCACACCAGCAUAUUACAAGUUUCAAUCCCUUCAUUAUUGCCUGCAUCUAAAGGCUUGGAAAUUGCCGAAAAAGCAAUAUUGCCUCCUAAACUGGAGACUUCAUUUGAAGAGAAUGAUGGAAAAAUAAUCUUUGGUGCAGCUGUUGAAACCCAGCCGUGUGAUAGUCUUUUAACUUCAAGUCUGCAAAAGUCCAGCAGCCUGGGCAGUCUGAAGAGAGAAACAGCAGAUGGGGAAAAGGAGUCUAUUCAGAAGCUUCCAGAGAAUAAAGCUCCAGCAGAAAGCAGCACACUUGGGAGCCUCCCUCCCAAAGCCCCAGGACAUGAUGGCUCUGUGGAUGACAACCCCUUUGGCCCUCGAAAAGCCAGAUCUUCCUUUGGCCGGGGCUUUUUUAAAAUAAAAAGUAACAAGAGGACAGCAAGUGCACCAAACUUGGAUCGUAAACGAAGUGCCAGUGCACCUACCUUAGCUGAAACAGAAAAGGAGGUAGCAGAGCACCUAGAUCUCGCUGGUGUGUCUUCUCGGCCAAAAAAUUCUCAGGGGAGCAGUCCCUUCCAGAUAUCUCCACCAUCUCCAGAUUCCAAAAAGAAAUCCAGAGGCAUCAUGAAACUCUUUGGAAAACUUAGGAGAAGUCAGUCAACCACAUUCAAUCCUGAUGACAUGUCUGAGCCUGAAUUCAAAAGAGGAGGGACAAGGGCAACUGCAGGACCCCGGUUGGGUUGGUCUCGAGAUUUGGGACAAUCUAACAGUGACUUGGAUAUGCCAUUUGCCAAAUGGAGCAAGGAGCAGGUUUGCAAUUGGCUUAUGGAGCAGGGCCUGGGGUCCUACCUGAAUUCUGGCAAGCACUGGAUUUCAUCUGGCCAAACACUUUUACAGGCUUCUCAGCAAGAUCUAGAGAAGGAACUUGGAAUCAAGCAUUCACUUCAUCGAAAGAAACUUCAGCUGGCACUACAAGCCCUGGGUUCCGAAGAAGAAACUAAUCAUGGAAAACUGGAUUUCAAUUGGGUCACUAGAUGGUUGGAUGAUAUUGGCCUCCCCCAGUAUAAGACGCAGUUUGAUGAAGGACGGGUGGAUGGGCGCAUGCUCCAUUACAUGACUGUUGAUGACUUACUCUCUUUGAAGGUUGUGAGUGUGCUACACCAUCUUAGUAUCAAAAGGGCCAUCCAGGUCCUGAGGAUAAAUAACUUUGAGCCAAACUGUCUGAGGAGGCGGCCAUCUGACGAGAAUAGCAUCACCCCGUCCGAGGUUCAGCAGUGGACCAAUCAUCGAGUGAUGGAGUGGCUGCGCUCUGUGGACUUGGCCGAAUAUGCCCCCAAUCUCAGAGGCAGUGGUGUCCAUGGCGGGCUUAUGGUUCUAGAACCUCGUUUUAAUGUAGAAACAAUGGCUCAAUUAUUGAACAUCCCAUCAAAUAAGACCUUGUUGCGAAGACAUUUGGCCACUCAUUUUAACCUUCUGGUUGGCGCUGAGGCCCAACACCAGAAGCGUGAUGCCAUGGAGUUACCAGAUUAUGUACUUCUAACAGCCACUGCCAAAGUGAAGCCAAAGAAACUUACCUUCAGCAAUUUUGGGAAUCUGAGAAAGAAAAAGCAGGAAGAUGGGGAAGAAUAUGUUUGUCCAAUGGAAUUGGGACAGGCUUCAGGAAGUACAUCUAAGAAAGGAUAUAAAGCUGGUUUGGAUGUGCGCCUGUACGACGAUGAUGAUUUGGACCGGUUAGAACAGAUGGAAGAUUCAGAAGGGACAGUGAGACAGAUAGGUGCAUUCUCUGAAGGCAUCAACAAUCUAACACACAUGUUAAAGGAAGACGACAUGUUUAAAGAUUUUGCUGCCCGUUCCCCCAGUGCCAGCAUUACAGAUGAAGACUCCAACGUUUGACCAGAGCUCCUGUGUGAGCUCCAGGAGCCCUCGGUCUUUUUUUCUGCAUUUUUUCCUCUUAAUAUUCAAAGUAUAAACAGUGAGCAACAGAUUGUCUAUCAUUUAUCGUUCCAACUUCUGCUCUGUUAGCAGUGGAAAUGGAAAGCAGGGGAAACAUGUCUAUUCUAAAGUUGCCAUGGAAAAUGAGACACUGGUGAAUGAGAGUAUAAUUGUUUUUCCUCUAUUUAAUGUAAAAAUCUGUGAUAUAUUUAAAGUAUUGCAUUUAAGAUGAGUAUUUUACCAUGGCGUUUCCAUUCGCAUUGGCAGCAUGGAGGAUAUUCGGCACAGUAAACGGUACGUGAAUGAUGUUGUCACGUCAGUGUUCACUGCCGCCACCUGGGCAGGAUGUUAUAUCUGUCAAAAUCAACACAUGGCAUUUCUUUAAACAUUCAUUGUGCUUAAAUGCCAGCCACACCCCCUCAUGCCUCUUAUUGUUAUUUUUAUAUAUUUUUCUAAAUAGAUGUAUAUAUACAGUACAUAGAAGAUAGAACUUUUAUUUUGUCACCUAAAGAAGAUGGUGAAAAGAUCACAUUUUUUAAAAAUAUGGUGAUCACGUUUUUCAUGUACCAGCUGGUUCCUGGAAAGGUCAGGAUGAUUCUUCUUUCUCCACAACUGAAUUUUAACAAUGUUGAUCAUUCAGGCUACAUUAGCAUAUAAUCAAUACCCCUUCUUUGAUGACACAUAACCAAAUUGUGAACAGUUUUUCAAGUGUAUCAACCUUUGUCUUGGAUCCUUUAACCUCAUGAGGAAGAACUUGAGGGAUAUUUAAAUAUUGUCAACAAGAGGGGACUCAGAAGCCCCAAAAGUAUUUGCAAAAAUAAUUUCUGAUGGAAGCCAAAACAAAACAAAGAUCUUUACAGUAUUAAGCUUCUUAUUUUCCUCUUUGUUAAAUACGUAAUUACAUCAAAAUAUUAACAUUCUGCCUAAGCAUGUUUUUAAUUAUAAAUUUCUCAGACUGUCAAUGAAUGGGGCUUAUAAAGCUGAAUAUUUGUUUCAACAUUUUGUCCCAAACAAAUCAGUAACUCUGAGACAGCAAAACUAGUUUUAUACAGUAAUGGCUAUUUUGUGAUGAUAAAAUGUUGUUCAUGUUCUUCUGUAGCACAGGGCCCAAGUAUGCUUUAUAAAGAAAAUAGAAAGCUGCAGCAAAAACUGUUACUGUAUUUAUUAUUUUUUAGUGGUAUUAGAAAAAUAUUCUAAUUUUUAUUCCAGUAUUACAUCAUUACUCAUGAGCAUCAACUCUGGAAAAGACAGGUUUUCACAAUUUGGGGUGGGAUAGAUAGUUCAAUAAAUACCACUGGACUUGGUUGUUAUAGACUGUGAUUGAAUGCCAGUGCUAUGAUCUUUUAAGUUGUCACCAAGUUACCAAGCAAUUCAUCAAAGAACUUACAACACUAGAUUACUAUUUAUUCAUAACUAACAUGAUUUGAUGCUAAUAAUAAUUUUCUUUUUACCCUACAGUUAAUUAUUCAUAAAUAAAUCAGAAACUUACUGUGUUGGUGUUUUAUUUUAAUGUGAAUAUAUGUCAUCAUUUAAAAAACUCAAUUUAUUAUUAGAACCUGAUUAAAAUAUCAGGGGACUGUUAUAGAUGCCAAAUAUUCUUUAUUCAGGUCAGUGUAACAUACUGAUGAUUUGUGAGAAGGAUAGAAAUUUUUUGAUUAUAUAUUUUAUUUACAAAAUAUUAUGCACUGCUGGUAUUACCAUACAAAAGGAAAUAAAGUCCAUUGAAAAUUGCCUCA